CCGGCGCGGGGCGCGGGCCGGGGCGGCGGGCGGCGCGGGCGGGUUUGAACCGGGGCGCGGGCCCGGCCCCGCCACCCCCGGCCCCGCCAUGGACUUCUCGGAGCUCUUCAAGCUCUCCGGGCUCCUCGGCAAGUUCUCCCCCGACGGAAAGUGCCUGGCGUCGGGGGUGCAGUACCGCCUGGUGGUCCGGGAUGCCAGCACCCUCCAGGUCCUCCAGCUCUACACCUGCCUGGAUCAGAUCCAGUACAUCGAGUGGUCCUCGGAUUCCCUCUUCAUUCUCUGCGCCAUGUACAAGCGCGGGAUCGUUCAGGUCUGGUCCCUGGAGCAGCCUGACUGGCACUGUAAGAUAGACGAGGGCUCGGCGGGGUUGGUGGCUUCAUGCUGGAGUCCGGAUGGUCGUCACAUUCUCAAUACAACUGAGUUCCAUCUGCGGAUAACUGUGUGGUCCUUGUGUACGAAGUCUGUGUCUUACAUCAAGUAUCCCAAAGCUUGUCAGCAGGGGAUAGCCUUCACUAGGGAUGGCCGCUACAUGGCCGUGGCAGAAAGACGGGACUGCAAGGACUUUGUCAGCAUCUUCGUGUGCAGUGACUGGCAGCUCUUGAGGCAUUUUGACACAGAAACACAAGAUCUGUUUGGGAUUGACUGGGCUCCCAAUGGCUGCGUGCUGGCCGUGUGGGAUACGUGUCUGGAGUAUAAAAUAUUGCUGUACUCCCUCGAUGGCAGGCUGCUAUCCACAUACCGGGCUUACGAAUGGUCACUAGGCAUAAAAUCCAUCACCUGGAGUCCCAGCAGUCAAUUUUUGGCAAUUGGCAGCUAUGAUGAAAAGGUGCGUAUCUUGAACCAUGUAACUUGGAAGAAGAUCACAGAGUUUGAGCAUCCAGCAACCGUUUCUAAUAAAAGGACUAUUGUGUAUAAAGAAGUGGAGAAAUCCCCAUCUGUUGAAACAGAGAGACUUUCUUUCCCUCCAACAAGAGCAUUGGCUAGUUCUCUCUUCAGCACGCAAAGUAAAUAUGACAUUGCCCAGGUGCCAGUUUCUUUGCAGUACGUCAAACCCGUGGCUGACAGGGCAAAUCCCAAAAUGGGCAUUGGGAUGUUGGCGUUCAGUCCAGAUAACUGUUUCCUGGCAACCAAGAACGAUAACAUUCCUAAUGCUGUCUGGAUCUGGGACGUUCAGAAGCUGAAGCUGUCUGUGGUCUUGGAGCAGCUCUGUGGGAUCCAGUGCUUCCAGUGGGACCCCCGGCAGCCCCGACUUGCCGUGUGUACCGGGAACAGCAAAGUCUACCUGUGGUCCCCCACCGGCUGCGUGGCGGUGCAGGUCCCCGGGGAGGGAGACUUCCCAAUCGUGUCUCUCUCCUGGAGUUCCAGCGGAGACUCCCUGGUGCUGCUGAGUAAGGACAACUUUUGUGUGUGUUACUUAGAAAAAGAAGAGGUAAAAUAAUAAUCCGCAUAAGACAUGCUCACGAGUCUGAAGAAAAAUAAGGGAAGGGGUCAAACCCUGUUACCUGAUCUGAAGCUUUUAUAUUUAUGAGUUAUUUAUUUGAAGGAGUGUCCCCAAACUCCAGUGUGUAAAGUUCUGUGGUUGCGUUUGAUUGAAGUGACUGUUUAGAGGCAACUAAAGUGUAGAGAAUGAAGCCUGGAUUUCAAGGAAACUUUAGUAUUGAUGUAGUUCAGCUUCCUCUUGAACUCUGUCAACUAUGAAACCUUCUUUUCUAAAACUGUAGCUGCGUGUAAAUAAUGUAUAGCUAUUAUUUAAAUUUUAUAAUUUCCAAUAAAUAUUUUGAUAGUUACAAA